AGGGGAGAGGUGCUCAGACACGGAGAGAGCGUGUGUUUGUGUCUCAGUGUGGGACAAAUAAGAGGCAAAAAGGUAGCGGUGGCGCUCACAACCCAGCGUCCCACUGACCGGCGCAUAUAGAGCGCACAGACCCGGAGAGUAGAGCAGUCCACAUCCAGGGAUGACAGCACUCCAGUUCACAGGAUCUACUUCCAGCCCACUCUGUCUCUGAACUAAAAGUUUAGUGCGUUGCAAAGGAAGGAACACCUGCAUCCAAGUUCUUCUCCCUACUUCACCGACCCAAAGCGCACGCCUGCAAAAAUGCAGAGACCCGGCGGCCAAGGAACGGCGUUUUCCAUCGAUUCUCUCAUAGGGACCCCCCAGCCCAGACCGGGACACCUGCUCUACACGGGCUACCCCAUGUUCAUGCCCUACAGACCGCUGGUAAUCCCACAGGCUUUAUCUCAUGCGCCUUUAUCCUCUGGUAUACCCCCGCUUGCGCCACUGGCGUCUUUUGCCGGACGGCUCACCAACACUUUCUGCGCCAGUUUGGGUCAAGGAGUCCCAUCCAUGGUGGCGCUCACGACGACCAUGCCGAGCUUCUCGGACCCUCCGGACAGUUUCUAUCCGCCGCAGGAACUCCCAGGGCCCCGGUUGAGCGCCGCGGAUCCGGCGGCGAGAAGACAGGAGAGUCCGCACUCUGACGAACUGCACAGCCGGGACAAAAGCUCUGAGCUCAUCAACUUCUCUGAAACUUUUCAAACAAUCUCAGGUAAACUUUAGUCGAAUAACUUA